GUGCACGGUAGGUUGUUUUCCUGAGUGGCGUAAAAUUUCUCUCCGCAGGAUUUGAUAUUAUCUCGUCGGUUUAUCGGAACGUUCAUAUCUCGAGCGUUCGUAUGCAUGACACUCUGCCGUCCACUGACACUGUCAUCACACAAAAUGUUGGCGUUGGAGCGUAUCCCCGAUCAAACCGGAUACUUGGUAUUAACAGAGGAUGGUGCUGUCUUAACGUCUGGAGGCGAUCUGGAAAACGAUGAAAGAAUGGCAAACGUCAUCACGGGUUUAGUCACACUGACGAAUAAGGUCGAUUCCAAGGCAUUCCCGUCGCACGAUGCCUUCGAGAAAAUAUCCAUUACAUACAAAGAUCAUUGUUACGUUAUAUGCUUGUCGAAUAAGAAGAUCUACGUGGUAAAGAGGAAACUGCCGGUGCCGACCGCAGCGAUCACUGAACAGCAGCCCACUGUCGAGGUUUAGAUGAGACUAAAACUUGGACUCGGAUAUUUGAUACUUCGCAAGCCUAAUUUCUUCGACUACUAUUUAUAGAGAGAUCUAUUUAUCAUGUUUUAUGUAUGUAUAAGGUGAGAUUUUUCAUCUUAUGCGUACAAAUUUAUUAUGGUCCAAGAUGAUGUCACGUGUAUCUUGCAUAGUUUUAGGGCAGUUCUGUGAUGCAACGGCUUUCCUCGACUCUCGAAGCAAAAUAUUCUUAUCUAACGCGAGAACCAUUCUGUACGAUUAUUUCUGAGAUUUAUUUAAUUUUUUUAUUUAAAUUAUUUUGUAAGUUGCUCACAAUGUAUCUAUAUCGUAUUUCUAACAUGAAUAUAUCUUGAUUUAAUAUUUUUACGAUAUAUUACUCGAAAAAGGCGAAAUUUACUUUUGUAAGAUUUUAUUAAUAAACACAACAGGUACA